UAACACUAAAAUGGACUUAUGCUUAUGAAUCUUUGUCAAUAAGCUUUAUAUCAUUGCAAUGAUAUUCAUAUUACAAAAAAAGACGUUCACAAAUAUCGGCUAAGGUGCAAAUAUUUGAUAACACCAAAAUAGUUUGGCGUUUUGGGAUCAUAAUGGUUCAACAAAAGUGAAAAUAACUUUUCCUCGAAUUAGACAUUGCAAACACUGUACAAAUCAAGAAACAUUCAGAAAUGUCACACACAAACGUUGGACUAACAGUCAUUAAACCUUAAUGUCCACACUUGGUCAGUACGCCGUUUUACGACUUCUCCUGCUGUAUGUCUUCAUAGUCAAAGCUACGCGGAGUGUACAUAAAACAAACAUGACUAUUUCAGUUAAAAAUGGUUCCACAGCUGAAUUAUUAUGUCCCAUAGACGUUGUCGUAAGCAGAAAGGAACUGGAUGCACUAACGUGGAUUCGCUCGCCAAGACAGCUUCUAACUAAAGGUGUUUUCAGAGUUGCAGACAAUCCUAGAAUAUUUCUAGCACCAAUGGAUCUUUUAAAACCGAGAGCGUUAAGUUUAUUUUUGAGACCCGCUUUAUCGGAAGAUAAAGGCGAAUACAGAUGUACAUUAACUUUAAAAGAUAGAAUCCAUAUUCAUAUAGUCUCUCUUGGUGUAACAGUACCUCCGACAAUAAUUAAAUCUCCAGUACCAUAUCUCAAAGUUGAUGAAGGCUCUGUGCUGGAGUUAAAUUGUUUAGCAAUAGGAGAUCCACCGCCUCAAUUAACUUGGAAAAUUCAUUCCAAUCGCCUAUCAACAGAAGAUGGAAAUGAUGAUAAAUUAUUAUCAGUUUUUGAAGCAUUUUCGGAGUUAGGAGUGCCCAUUAAUCAUGAUAAUGGAACAUUGGUUAUUGGUAAACUGCACAGAAAAAUGAAUCGACGUUUCGUUUGCUUAGCAGCUAAUGGUGUUCAGCCAGACGAUCAACGAGAAGUGAUUCUAUCUGUUCGAUUCUCACCAGAAGUCAAGAUGAUCAACCGUAUAAUAAAACAAGGAAUUGGUAUGAAUACAGUCUUAACAUGUCAAGUGAAUGCACAUCCACCUGGAUCAAUACGUUGGCUUUUCAAUCAUCACUAUCCCAUAGCUGCUACGAGUUGUGAUGUAAUGACGAAUGCAGAGAAAAAAUAUUGUUUACAGGAACACCGACCACAAUCUUAUAACAGUUUAUCACCAAUCACGUCAAAAUUGGCUAUUUUCGAUUUAAAAGCAGAGGAUUUUGGUGAUUAUGUGUGUUCAGUUAGUACCAUUAUGGGUGAAUCAUUUGGAGUGACUACUUUACAAAGAUAUAAAACUACCCGUUUUGGUGCUGAUCUCCCUCAAAUACUGCAUCAAAGGCAUAUUGAAAGAUCAACAUAUAAAGAGUUGAAUACUAGUAGGUUACUCAGUGAUAAGAAUGAUACUAGAUUCGACACAUACGUAAAACACAUUGGAUUAUCAGAAAAAAAUCUGUUUCACCGAAAACCAACAAGUUCGCAAAACACAGUCGCCAAUACCUCGUCCAAUGUGUCACUACAAACGAACCUGUUUCUGUUAUUCAGUAUUCUGACCAUCACCAGCUUAUACUUUGCACGGUACUGACAAAAUGGAAACAAAUGCAACAAAUUUAUAUAUGCUGCAAAAAAAAAGGAUUUAGCGUAAUAACAGAGCAUUAUUUCCAUUUUGAACUAACUGUAAAUGACACAAAAUGUUGCAUACCGUAACAUCAUUUGUAAUUAACUGAACUAAGUGAUUUUUUAAAAAGUAAUAUUUACUUAACACUGC